UCUUCUACGUUGUUUCCAAUGCCCGUGUAUGCACACACAUAAAAUAGAACUAUGUUGUUCACCAGCUUGAGAACAUUAAAAACUACGUUUUUUCAUCUAAAACUAAAAGGUUAUCUUAUUUUAUCACAAUAAAAACUAAGUUUUUCUUACCAUCAAUAAUUUAUAAACUUUAAAGAUAUUAACCUGAAAUAAUGGUACCUCUUGGACCCUCUCCAGUUCACCAAUCAUUAAAUAGUGUAACAUCAACACCUUCUACUGGGACUAAAGGCAGUUCGGCUGUUAAACCCAAUUAUACUUUGAAAUAUACACUCGCUGGACACACCAAAGCUGUAUCUUCAGUCAAAUUUAGUCCGAACGGAGAAUGGCUAGCAAGUUCAUCUGCUGAUAAACUUAUCAAAAUAUGGGGAUCUUAUGAUGGAAAAUUUGAAAAAACUAUUCAAGGACAUAAGUUAGGAAUCUCAGAUGUAGCGUGGUCUAGUGAUAGCCGAUUAUUAGUUUCUGCUUCUGAUGACAAAACUCUAAAAAUAUGGGAGCUAAGCUCGGCUAAGUGCUUAAAAACCCUGAAAGGUCAUAGUAACUACGUUUUUUGUUGUAAUUUUAAUCCUCAAUCCAAUCUCAUUGUUUCUGGUUCAUUUGAUGAAAGUGUCAGAAUUUGGGAUGUUAGAACAGGAAAGUGUUUAAAAACAUUACCAGCUCACUCUGAUCCCGUAAGUGCUGUUCAUUUCAAUAGAGAUGGAUCCUUAAUUGUAUCUAGCAGUUAUGAUGGAUUAUGCCGUAUAUGGGAUACUGCAUCUGGACAAUGUUUGAAAACUCUUAUUGAUGACGAUAAUCCACCAGUAUCAUUCGUUAAAUUUUCUCCCAAUGGGAAAUAUAUUUUGGCGGCUACACUGGAUAAUACUCUUAAAUUGUGGGAUUAUAGCAAAGGAAAAUGUCUGAAAACUUACACAAGCCAUCGUAAUGAAAAAUACUGCAUAUUUGCCAAUUUUUCUGUCACCGGCGGCAAGUGGAUUGUUUCCGGAUCAGAAGAUAACAUGGUAUACAUUUGGAAUUUACAAACAAAAGAAGUUGUUCAAAAACUUCAAGGUCAUACAGAUGUUGUGCUUUGUACAACAUGCCACCCAACCGACAAUAUUAUCGCCUCAGCAGCUCUGGAAGCUGAUAAAACUAUUAAAUUAUGGAAAAGUGAUACAUAGACCAUUCAGUUUUAAUAAAAGAUCGUAUGAAAUUUUCCAUAAGAGACGUUCCCUGGAAUUGCAGUUUUAUUAAUUUCUUCUAAAUAAAUAAGAAUUUAAAAAAAAAAAACGCUUUAAUAUUCGAUAGAUUAUUUAUGAAUCUAUUCCCUAGUAAGUUUUUUUUUUUUAAUUUUUAUUUGAUAACUAGAAAUUGAAUUUUAAGUUUUCAUUAACCGUAUAAGUGCAACAAAGAUAGCAUGGUUUAUUUUGAUGAGUGC